CGGUAAGCUUGAUCGCCGAAGCUUGCGUGAUCUGGCGGCGGAAUUCUCCGCGGAGACACUCAUUUCAUUUUCCCUUGCGAGUGCAAAUACCGUCAAGCGCGAGCCUGCCACAGCAGCCGAGAAGAAGAUUGCAGAGCUCUGGGUCGAAGUCUUGAAAGUCUCACCCGAGACUCUCGGCCUAGAUGACAGCUUCUUUCAGAUGGGAGGUGACUCGAUUGCAGCCAUGAAGCUCUCGGCUGUCGCUCGGUCCGCAGGAUUAAGCCUGACCGUGUCGAAGAUCUUCCGUCAUCCUACCCUGGAAGGGAUGUCCAAGGUUGCCGAGGUACUCUCGGAGAGUGACAGUCAAGCCAUCAAGCCAUUCUCUCUCGUUGAUGUCACUGAUAUCUCCAUCUUUAUGGAUGAGCUCAGUUCCAAGUGGGGCAUCGAGAGAUUGGAUAUCGAGGAUGCAUACCCCGCAACUGCGUUGCAAGAAGGUCUUAUGGCUAUCACUCAAGGAGAACCGGGAACCUAUAUCUACCAGAACGUUUAUAAGCUGCCAGCUGAGAUCGAUCUGGCGAGAUUCCGCGCCGCCUGGGAAUCUGUCGCCAACACAACAGAGAUCCUCCGAACGACCAUCGUUCCUACUGACACUUCUGGCACGUACCAGGUUGUGACUAAAUCGUCGAUUGACUGGAGGUACCCAACCAAUGUCGAGAAAUACCUGGCAGCAGAUGCUCAACAAACAAUGCAAUACGGUGAUCCUCUUGCUCGGUACGCUCUGAUCCCAAGCAUCAAGGGUGCGACAUUUGUGUGGACUGCUCACCACGCCCUGUAUGAUGGAUGGUCUCUGCCGCUUCUCUGGAAGCGGGUGGAAGAGGCAUACCAUAACAAUGGAAUGUCGCAACCACAUGUGGCACCGUUCAACCGCUUCAUUGCUCAUCUCCAGGACAUGGAGGCAGGCGCCACGAAUGACUUCUGGAAGUCCUAUCUGUCCUCGUCAAAUCCUCCGAAGUUUCCGCAGUUGCCUUCUCAGACAUAUCAACCACGCGUUAACAACAUCCACCACCAUGAGUUUGGCCUCAAGGGUAGCACCUCGUCGGACGUCACAGCGUCGACUUUGAUCCGAACCGCCUGGUCCAUCCUCAUGUGCCAAUACUCGGACGCUGGUGACGACGUUAUAGUCGGUGUGACUGUUGCAGGCAGAAACGUUGAUAUUCCGGCCGUCGCAGAGAUGGCUGCGCCAACGAUUACCACUAUCCCCGUCCGGGUCCAAAUGGACCGUGAUGAAACAGUGGCUGAUCUACUCAACAAGGUUCAAACUCAGACCAUCGAGAUGAUGCCUUACGAGCACGCUGGAUUGCAGAACAUUGCCAAGAUCAAUCGCGAAUGCCGUCUCGCGUGCGUUUUCCAGAACCUGCUUGUUGUUCAACCCGAGGAGGACGAGGGCAACAUCAGCUCUUUGGGCAUCCAGAAAAUCCAGUCACCCGACGUAGGCAUCUACACUUAUGCUCUGGUCGUGCAGUGCUUGCUUCGUGGUGACAAAGUCGGGGUCCAGGUUGAUUUCGAUGACCGUGUUCUCUCCUCGUGGCAGGUCGAGCGGAUCUGCUCCCAGCUCGAGCAUAUCGUUGGAGAGCUCCGAUCGAACCCAGCGGUAAAACUCGGUGAUAUGAGUUUGGUGAGUCAGGAUGACUAUGCUCAGAUCAUGAGUUGGAACCACGAGCUUCCGGUCAAGGAGGAACGCUGCGUUCAUGAUAUCAUUGGUGAUCAGGUCCUGGCGACCCCCGAUGCUCCUGCCAUCUGCUCCUGGGAUGGCGACUUUACAUAUGCUCAAGUAGACGAGCUGUCCAAUCGUUUCGCUCGACACCUUGUCAGCCUUGGUGUUGGUCCGGAGACCUUGGUUCCUCACUGCUUCAGCAAGUCGGCCUGGACCGUCAUUGCCAUGCUGGCCAUCAUCAAGGCUGGAGGCGCUUGUGUCGCCCUGGACCCUGGACACCCCGUUGAUCGUCUGAAGGGUAUCAUUGCAGAUGCUGGAGCGGACCUAGUUGUGACUACUCCCGAGCAUGGCCAUAUGUUCAAGGGUCUUGUCAGUGAGGUCGUUGCACUCAGUCCAGAAUGGUUUGAGUCGAAUGAUUUGGCUUCUGAUACCUUGGCGCCACGCGCUGACCGAAAGAACCCAGUCUUCGUGCUGUUCACCUCUGGCAGUACUGGAAAGCCGAAGGGUAUCAUCAUCGAGCAUGGCAUGUUUGCGUCCAGUGCUGCCGCUCACAGCCAGGCAUUCGGCAUCAAUGCUGAGUCUCGGGUGUUCCAGUUCGCUGCCCACACUUUCGACGUCAGCGUCGGAGAUAUCUUCACCUCGUUGAUGAAGGGCAGUUGUAUCUGUAUCCCGUCGGACCUUGAGCGCAUGAACAAUGUUGCCGGCGCUAUCAACCGCAUGAAGGCCAACUAUGCCUUCUUGACCCCCACCGUGGCCAACUUGCUUCGUCCCGAGCAGGUCCCGACUCUUCGAACGCUUACCCUUGGUGGUGAAGCCCCAACAAGAGAGAAUAUCAGGACUUGGGCAGACCACCUCAACCUGAUUCUUUGCUACGGGCCGGCAGAGUGCUCUGUUUACUGCUCGGCGAACCCCCCUGCUACCCAACAAAGCAACCCGGCUGUUCUCGGACACGCCAUUGGCGCUCUCAUCUGGCUGGUUGACCCUGUGAAUCAUGAUAAGCUGACGCCCGUCGGCUGUGUUGGUGAAUUAGUCGUCCAAGGUGCAACGGUUGCCCGUGGGUACUUGAACGAGCCCGAGAAGACCCGGUCUGCGUUCAUUCAAGAUCCAGCAUGGCUGCCUAAGACGUUCCCACAAGAGUACCGUCGUAUUUAUAAGACUGGUGACCUUGCCAGGUUCAACCCAGACGGGUCUCUGAGCUUCGUUGCACGGAAGGACACCCAAGCCAAGGUUCGAGGACAGCGUGUGGAAUUGGCAGAGAUUGAGGUUCAUCUGUCUGAGAGCCCGGAGAUUCAGCAUGCUAUGGUUUCGGUUCCAGCGGCUGGGCCCUACAAGAGCCGGCUGGUCUGUAUUCUGUCCUUACAGGAGAUCGCUCAACGCAGUGCCGGCACCCCUACCAGCGAUAUCACCUUGGUUGAGGGAAGCGACAAGGCUGAAGCAGCUGAGAUGACGACCAUCAUUGAGAAUCGACUUGCAGAGAAACUGCCUCCCUACAUGGUGCCGGCUGUGUGGAUCACUCUCAAAAAGAUCCCGCUCAACCUGUCUGGUAAGAUCGAUCGCAAGCUGCUGAAGGGAUGGCUCGAAGAUGUGGAUGAAGCCACCUACCAGUCCAUUGCGGCAAUGGCGACUGCUGAGGGAGCAACCGCCCAGCCUACCUCGGAUAUGGAGAAGAAGGUGCAGGCUGCUUUCAGUGCUACACUGAACCUCCCCCUAGAGUCGGUGGGCCUCAAUACUUCCUUCCUUAGUGUUGGUGGUGAUUCAAUCUCGGCCAUGCAGGUUAUGUCUCGACUUCGUUCUCAAAAUGUGCGGGUCACUGUCCAGGAUGUUCUCAAGCUCCGUACAGUGGCUGCCCUCGCCGGCCGGGCACAGUACAUUGAACAAUCCACAGCGGACAAUGCGGCUGUGGAAGCUGAAGUACUCGAUGAAUGGUUCGAGCUAGCGCCCAUUCAGCAGCUUUUCUUCCAGAUGCAGCCUCAGGGACAGAAUCACUUCAACCAGAGCUUCGUGCUGAAGCUGGGCGAGGAUCUUUCGCAAGAGGAGCUUCAGAAGGCACUCCAAACUAUCGUGCUACGACACUCCAUGCUUCGUGCCAGAUUCCAACAUUUCGAUGGAUCUUGGCAUCAGAAAAUAACCAACGAUGUCGCGGAUUCCUUUGUGUUGCUCCCUAGACAGUCCUGCAGCCGCGACGAAAUGAUCGCCAAGUUCCGCGAGGCUGAGACUCUUUUCGACAUCAGCCAAGGACCUGUCUUGACAGCUCAAGUAUGUACCACUCCUGACGCUAGGUACAUCUUCUUGGCAGCCCAUCACUUGGUUAUCGAUCUCGUCUCUUGGCGCAUCAUCUUCCAGGAUCUUGAGGAUGUGAUCAAGUCCGGCAAAGUCAGCUCCGAGCCUACUAUCUCUUUCCAGACCUGGACCAGACUGCAGCAUGAAUACGUAUCUGAGACCUUCUCAGAACGGGCUACUUGGGACCUGCAGGCCCCUGUUGGAGACUUCAACUACUGGGGAAUGCAGGGAGAAUCCAAUACGUGGGGAGACAUCACCACCGAAUCCUUCGCCAUUGAUGUUAAGAGGACGUCGCUGCUCCUGGGAGACUGCAAUCUCCCUCUGCGCACCGAGCCGACAGAAGUCAUGGUUGCUGCUUUGCUUCAUUCAUUCCGCCAUGCAUUUUCCGACCGAGCUGCCCCUGCUGUCUAUCUAGAAGGACAUGGCCGUGAGCCCUGGACGUCGGCGAUCGAUGUCUCACGGACUGUCGGAUGGUUCACCACCAUGUACCCCAUCAGUUACGAGGCGUCCGGUGACCAGUGGCUGGAUGCCCUCAAGCGGCUCAAGGACAAUCGCCGCAAGGUUGCCGACAACGGUUGGCGCUACUUUACUGCCCGCUCUCUGACCGAUGGGAUGCAGGAUAUGGAGAUUGUCUUUAACUACCUUGGCCUCUACCAGCAACUCCAGAAAGCUGAUGCUCUUUUCCAAGAAUCCACCAUUACUGGAACGGAUUGUGCUGAGAUCAGCCCGGCGAUGCAGCGCUACUCUCUUUUCGAGAUCUCCGCCGGUGUCUCCAAUGGGCAGAUGGAGUUUACCUUUGAGUACAACAAGAAGAUGCGUCACACAGCAGCUAUCAGCGCUUGGAUCAGUCAUUAUCGUCAGGUCCUCGAGGGUGGUAUUGAUGAACUCAUGGCACAGUCGGAGAUCCUCACUCUGAGCGACUUCCCUCUUCUCUCUCUGUCUUAUGAGGGCUUGGAGAAUCUGGCAGCGUCUACCCUACCAGAGGUUGGAGUGAAGACGAUCGAGGAGAUCGAGAGCCUCUCUCCUUGCUCGCCUAUGCAGCUGGGUUUGUUGAUGAGCCAAUUGAAGUCCGUGGGCGACUAUGAAUUCUUCACGAUCAAGAAAGCUAGUGCUCGCGAGGGAGUCGACAGUGCUAAAUUGCUUGCUGCUUGGCAGCAGGUCAUCGAUCGCCACCCCAUGCUGAGAACUGUCUUCGUCAAGAGUGCUGCAUCCGACAAGUUCUACGAUCAGCUCGUGCUGAAGAAUAUGAAGGCACAGGUGGUGGAGCUUCGUAGCAGCGAUCCUGUUCAGGCUUUGCGCGCAUUGAGACCGGUGGGAAUCGCCGAAGGAAAGGCACCCCAUCAAUUGGCCGUCUGCCAUGCCGACGACGGUCAAUUUUACCUCAAAUUGGAGAUCAACCAUGUUCUGAUCGAUGGUACAUCCAUGGCUGUCAUCGAGCGCGACUUGAGGCGUGCUUACAGCGAUCAGCUAAGCAGCGUCGCUCCCCUUGCUUAUGUCGACUACGUAACCUUCCUUCAAGAGGCCAAGAAGGAAGAAUCGCUUGACUUUUGGAACACUUACCUCAAAGAUGUCCAGCCAUGCCAAUUUCCGAUUCUCAAUGACGGUCGGGAGCAAGUUCAGGCACUAGAGUCCAUCGAUGUGGAGUUGCCGGGCUUGACAAAGGAAGCGCUGAGUGCCUUCUCUGAGCGCUAUGGAAUCACCAUUGCCAAUGUUGUUCAGACUGCCUGGGCCCUUGUGCUCCGAACAUAUAUUGGAACGGAAAGUGUUUGCUACGGCUAUCUCACCUCCGGUCGUGAUGCUCCUCUUGAUGGCAUCGAGGACGCCGUGGGUCCCUUCAUCAACAUGCUUGUCUGUCGCUUGGACUUUGACUCCAAUGCGCCUGCCUUGCUCGCCCUCCAAAAGAUGCAGGACGGGUUCUUGAAAGGAAUGACCCACCAAUACGUGUCUUUGGCUGAGAUGCAGCAUGCCUUGGGCGUCACUGCGCAAGGAUUGUUCAACACUGCUAUGUCUUUCCAGCGAUAUUCGCCCGACGAGUCCAUGGAUCUGAACCUUCACACAGUUUACGACUAUGAUCCGACCGAGUUCAAUAUCACCGUCAACGUUGCCACGCGGGAUGAAGGAAUGGUGAUUGAUCUGACUUACUGGACUUCAAAGCUGUCGAGCGGUCAGGCUGUCCACAUUGCCAACACUUAUAGCACCGCCAUCAUGUCGCUUCUCUCGAACCCCGAGACCGUCCUGGCCGACGUGAAUCUGCUUAGUCCCUUGGACAAGUCAUCUUUGCUGAACUGGAAUAGUCAGCUUCCUUAUGCGGUCGACCGCUGCAUGCAUGAAGUUAUUCACGAAAAUGCUGUCGAACGCCCCAAUGCUCAUGCUCUGGAGUCAUGGGAGGCCACAUACACAUACGAGCAACUCGACAAGGCAUCAACACGCCUUGCACGCCUCUUGAUUGAGAAGGGAGUCUCGCCUGAUGAUUGCAUUCCCUUGUGCUUCGAGAAGUCCCUCUAUACUAUUGUCGCUCUCGUCGCAGUUCUCAAGGCUGGUGGCGGAUUUGUCCUCCUUGAUCCAAAGCAUCCUGAUGAUCGGCUCAGGGGUCUUCUUGAGGACACCAAGGCUAGGUUCCUGAUUGUUUCUCCGCAAACACAACAGCGCUGUGAGAGGCUCAUUGCAGACUUGAUUGUGGUGUCACAGGAGAUGUUGGAUCAGCUUCCCAAGGCAGGCGAGGAUUGUCUCCCCAAGACAGCGGUCAAGCCGGAGAACAUCAUGUAUGUUCAAUUUACAUCUGGCAGUACAGGAAAGCCUAAGGGUGCUGUUGUCCACCACAAGGCUGCCUGCUCAUCUUUCGAGCACCACGGAAAGGUGAUGAACUACGGACACGAUUCUCGCAUCUUCCAGUUCUCGUCGUACACAUUCGACGCCAUCAUUCUGGAGGCAUUCACAACCUUGUACCAUGGCGGCUGUAUCUGCGUUCCCUCGGAGGAGGACCGCAUGAGCAGUAUGGUACAGUCCAUGAGGGAGAUGAAGGUCAACAAUAUGUUCAUGACCCCCACUCUAGCUCGUCUGUUUGGACCUCAGGAUGUUCCCUCCCUGACCACUCUCAUGCUUGGUGGUGAACCGAUUCCACAGGACAGCAUCACCACCUGGAAGGAUCAUGUCAACCUCAUUGGAGGAUAUGGUCCCGCCGAAUGCUGCGUCUACUGUUGUUACAAUCCUCUCAGCGAGACUGGAUUCAAGCCUGAGGUUAUUGGAUACCCAGUUGGCUCGGUGCUGUGGAUUGUCGACGCCGAUAACCAUGACAAGCUCGUUCCGAUCGGAGCUAUUGGAGAAAUCGUGGUACAUGGUCACAUCGUUGGCCAAGGUUAUCUUAACGACCCAACCAGAACUGCGGCAAGCUACAUCUCAGCUCCGAGCUGGAUGUCCGAGUACCACACGGGUGAGCAGACGCUGUACAAGACCGGUGACUUGGGUCGAUACAAUUCCGACGGCACUUUGUCUAUUGUCGGCCGUAAAGAUACCCAGGUGAAGCUCAACGGACAACGUAUUGAACUGGGAGAGGUUGAACACCACAUCAAGACCGAGUUCCCGCAGGUCCUUCAGGUGGCGGUCGAUGCGCUCAAGCCCGAGCAUGGCAAUGGACGGCAGAUCCUCUCUGCCUUCCUCGAGUUCGAGGCCAGUGAUGAGGUCCAGGGCGACGGCUUUCUCCGACCGAUGACGGACGACCUCCGGGAAACGAUGUUCGAGAUCGAAGCCGUGCUUGCCCAACUUUUGCCGCCUUACAUGGUGCCCCAUCUCUGGUUCCCGUUGGUCACGAUGCCAAAGUCCGCCUCUGGUAAAACUGACCGCAAGGUGCUGAAGCAGCUGUGCAACAAUUUGUCCAAGGUCGACCUUCAACAAUAUUCUCUCGCUAGCGGGAGCAAGAAGGCUUUGGAGACACCCAUGGAGAAAAAGGUUGGAGCGCUUUGGAGUGCCCUCUUCAAGGCGUCUGAGUUCGGAGCCAAUGACAACUUCUUCCGUGUUGGUGGUGACUCGAUUGAAGCCAUGAAGCUGGCUACCGCCGCUCGUCGGGAAGGCCUGUCUCUGUCUGUUGCUGACAUUUUCAACAACCCUAAACUCAGCGACAUGGCUCAGAUUGCCGCUGCAGCUGAAGGUGCUUCUGCUGUGCCGAAGUACGAAGGACCCUUCAGCCUCAUCGGGGGCGUUGAAAGUGCUCGCUCCAUUGUGGAGAAACAUCUUUCGAGUGAAAAGUUUGAUACGGUCGAAGAUGUCUAUCCUUCCACGUCACUGCAAGAAGGUCUUCUUGCGUUGACUACCAGCCAAGCCAAUGCAUAUGUCCUCCAGGCUCCAUUCAAGCUACCGGUACACCUCAACCUAGACCGUUUCCGCAAAGCCUGGGACCAGGUUGUUGAGUCAAACCCUAUCCUCCGUACAGUCAUUGUCUCCACUGAGACUCGCGGUACAUGCCAGGUUGUGCUAAAAAAGAGCGUCCAGUGGGUGUAUGCUCCGACUUUGUCGCAGUAUCUUGAGCAAGACAAGGAGAAAUCCAUGACAUACGGAACACCACUAAGUCGCUAUGGCUUGACAUCAGACGGAUACUUCGUCUGGACCGCUCACCACUCCCUCUAUGACGGUUGGAGCUUCGCUUUGAUGUUGGACGAGCUCGAGAAGAGAUACCAAGAUGAAUCUGUUUCCAUCUCUCGACCUCUGUUUGCUGAGUACAUUCAGUUCUUGCAGCAGCAGAGCAAUGCUGACUCGAUUGCAUUCUGGAAAACUCAGCUUGACGAUGCCUCGCCAACUGUCUUUCCUCAACUUCCUAGCUCUCUAUAUGAGCCGGAUGUUAAUCAGGCUUUUACAUACAAGCUCAAAGACACUGUCCUCGACGGUCAAUCCAAUGUGACAUCCUCGACCCUGCUCUCAGCUGCCUGGGGUCUGACUAUCGCCUUGUUGACCAAUUCUUCCAAGGUCACUUACGGGUCGACUCGCAGUGGCCGGAAUGUCAACCUUGCUCAAGCUACUGAACUUAUGGGCCCGACUAUUGUCACAGUCCCAAUGUCCAUCACGAUUGAUGCGUCUAUGUCAGUAGGGGAUUUCCUAGCUCGAGUACAGAGUCAGACUACAGAAGCGAUCCCCUUCGAGCACCUAGGUCUCCAGAAUAUCAGCAAGAUCAACUCGGCCUGCAAGGCCGCUUGCGAUUUCCAGAAUCUGUUUGUUGUCCAACCAGCAAUGAUUGGUGGAACUGCGCUCGGUAUGGAGCGAGUAGAGCUUCCCACCAAAGGAUUGCACACAUACGCUCUAAACGUGGAAUGCAUUCUAACCGAAGAUGGCCACGCGACCCUGAACUUUGAAUAUGACAGCAAGGUUAUCCAGGCCUAUCAGGUGCAGCGGCUCGCUAAGCAGUUUCAUCAAGUUGUCGACCAACUGUGCAAGAACGAAGCAGACUUGAAGGUCGGUGACGUCGAGGCCUUCAGUGCAGAAGAUGAAAAGCAGGUUCGCCAGUGGAAUGCCCAACCCUAUCCGGAAGUCACCAAGUGCGCGCAUCAUCUGGUGUCGGAGCGAGCUCAGCUUCAUCCUGCGCAAUCGGCCGUUACGCAAUCCGAUGGUACCACCUUGACCUUCGGUGAGCUCGACAGCCUAUCUACUUUGCUCGCUCACCAUCUGUCCACUCGUGGGAUUGGCCCUGGCCGCAUUGUGCCCAUUUGCUUGAAGAAAUCAGUUUGGGUCGUGGUCGCCAUGCUCGGAAUUAUCAAGACUGGUGCAGCCUUUGUCUGCCUAGAUCCUUCUUCCCCGCCUAGCCGUAUGCAAGUAAUUCUUGAAGACGUGGAGUCGGAGUUGAUCAUUGUUGAUGCGGAAACAACCGAUAUCUUCAAUCGUCAUGCUAGCCUCUUCGGCGCCUUGAACACUAUUCAGAUAGGAGUCGAGGCCAUCCAAGCGAUCAGCAGCCCUGCAGACAAAUUUGAGGCCAAGGGAAGCCCUCACGAUCUCAUGUAUGUCAUUUUCACUUCCGGAAGUACUGGCAAGCCCAAGGGUGUGAUGAUUGAACAUGCUUCCGCUUGUUCAUCCUUCAUCUAUCAAGGCCAGGCUUUUGGCUACAAUAGCGAGUCACGAGUGCUCCAAUUCAGUGCCUUGACCUUUGAUGCUUCGCUGAUGGAAAUCUUCACCACGCUUUGCGUGGGCGGUUGCGUCUGCUUCCCGACCGAAGAGGAGAAGCAGGGGGACAUCGUGCGAGCCAUCAACAAAUUGCGGGUCAACUCUGUCAUGCUCACCCCCACGGUGCUUCGAAUGAUCCAACCUGAAGACGUACCUUUGGUCAAGCACGUCGUGACGGGAGGUGAGGCGGUGGGUCAUGACGUCGUGCGAGUUUGGAGUGACAAGGUCACUCUCAAGGGUGUCUACGGUCCUACCGAGACUUCAAUGAUUUGCAUAACAGUCGACCUGGUUCCCGGCAGUUCUUCAGCCAACAUCGGUGUGCCUCUUGGCUGUCAAGGUUGGAUCACUCUCUCGGAUGAUCAUAACCGCCUCGCGCCAAUUGGUUCGGUUGGUGAACUGCUCAUUCAAGGCCCGAUCGUUGGACGCGGAUAUUUCAAGAAUCCCAAGCAGACAGAGGAGGUGUUCAUCGAAAAUCCUGCUUGGCUGCAACAGCGAUUCGGUGAAACAGGUCGUCUGUACAAGACCGGUGACUUGGUCUACUAUGCUGAGGAUGGUAGCUUGAUGAUCGUGGGUAGAAAGGACGCCCAAGUGAAGCUUCACGGCCAACGUAUCGAGCUGGGCGAAAUCAACCACAAGAUGUGGUCGCACCCGGCUGUGAGACAGUCUUCGGUUCUGUUGCCCACACAGGGUCUACUCAAGGACCGUCUUGUUGCCGUCCUUACUCUUGAGGGCACUGAAGAACAGAUUGUUCAACCCGAGCCUCUGCGGCCGUUGUCUGAAGAAUGGAAGCAAUACUCCAACCUUCAGAUCGCUAGCAUUCGGCAGGCUCUUAGAGAGAACCUCCCAUCCUACAUGGUGCCCACUGUCUUCGUAGCGGUGGAGCAAAUGCCGAGACAGACCUCGGGCAAGACCGACAUCAAGCAGGUCAAGAAAUGGGUUGAUGAGUUGGAUGAGGAGAUUGUUGAGCAGAUCCUGGAGCUCGAGACGACAGCUGGAUCCGCCGUUCCUGCCAAUGAGACGGAAGGUGCAAUUCAAGCCGUGAUCUCCAAGGUCCUGGACAUUCCGACCGACAAGAUUGUGCUCAAUCGCUCGUUUAUUAGCUUCGGUGGUGACUCUAUUUCUGCCAUGAAAGUGAUGAACCGGCUGCGAGACGCAGGAUUGAAGCUGGGCAUCAAGGAAAUUCUUCUGACUGGGUCGAUCUCGGAGCUUGCCGCUAUCAUAGCAACCAAGCAGGAAGAGGGCCAUGAAGAAGCCCACGCCAAGUCUGCCUCCGGAGUGACUGCGCCAUCUGAGAAGAAAUACCCACUGCUGAACCUCGACGACAGCAAAGUUGAGUCAAUCCUAAAAGAGCGCUUGGCUAGCAUUGGCCUCAAAGACUUGACUGUGGUUGAAGAUGUGUACCCAUGCUCUCCUCUCCAGGAAGGUCUUCUUCUCGCUCAGACCAAGGGAACGGGAAGUUACAAUGUCGACAAUAUCUAUGAGGUUAAACCAAGGAACCCAACCGAUCGAGUCGAUGCCCACCUCCUGGCUGAAGCCUGGAAGGCAGUUGUUCGCCGUCAUCAAAUAUUGCGCACUAUCUUCAUCGAGGGUCUCGAGGAGAGCAGCGCAUUCGACCAGGUCGUUCUCCGCGAGAUUCAAAAUGCACCUCUUGUCAUUGAGGGUGUCGAGGGCAAGGCCAAAGCUUUCUUGCGCGGCCUUGCUGCUCCCGAGUUCAAGCGCACAGAACCCUGGCACAGCCUGACCGUCUGCUCUGAUGCCAGUGGAACAGUCUGCUGCGCAAUUCGGAUGCACCACGGCCUGUUCGAUGCAGCAGCCAUGGACAUCAUUCUUCACGAGGUCGCUCAAGCCUACCAGAAAAGUCUCUCCAGCCCCGCUCCCCUUUACAGCAAUUACAUCUCCUACCUCCAGGGGCAAAAGGGCAACAAUGCGAUCGCAUACUGGAAGACAUACCUCGACGGACUGGAGCCAUGCUACUUCCCCAGCAUCAAUCAGGAUGCAAUGGGACUGAGAAAGCCGCAAGCACUACAGUUCAAUGUUCCAGGUUUCCGGAGAAUCGCCUCUUUCUCCUCCAGAAAGAGCCUCACCAUCUCCAGCGUCCUGCAAACCGCUUGGGCACUUGUGCUCCGCCACUAUACGAGUGCGGAGGAUGUGUGCUUCGGAUAUCUUUCCCACGGUCGUGACAUCCCGUUGGAUGGUGCUGAAAGCAUCGUCGGUCCCAUGAUCAACAUGAUGGUCCUACGUGUUACUCUUUCGGAGGACAAAAAUCUUAUCAACAUCCUGGAGGGAGCUCGCGACGAUGUGCUGAAUAGUUUGACUCACCAGCACUGCUCUCUAGCAGAGAUCCACCAUGCUCUUGACCUUCAAGGAAGAUCAGCCUUCAACACCACUCUCUCAUUUGCCUCUGCUGCUGCAGGCGCUGAAGAGGAGUUGGUCAGUUUCGAAAACCUCGCUGGUGGUGGUUCCACUGAGUAUGAUAUCGCUGUUAACGCCAGUGUCGAGGGCGAAGACUUGCAAAUCAACUUCAGCUAUUGGUCCUCGGCACUCUCGGAGCAGCAAGCAAAGGCUGUCGCCCAGUCGUUCGCGAACUUCAUUGAUAUUUUGACCCGCUCGCCCGAGGCAUCCUUGCGGGAAAUCGAUUUCACCAGCGGUGCAAUGAAAGACCAACUUCUCCGAUGGAACUCAACUCCUUACAAGCCUGUUCGCAACACAGUGCAUGAAUUGUUCCACUGUGCUGCACUGAAGUACCCACAGAAUGCUGCGAUCUGCUCCGUGGAUGGCAACUUCACCUACUUCGAGCUGGACAACAUGACUACGCGCUUCGCAGCCUUCCUUCGCGGGCGCGGGGUCGGACCAGAAGUUUUGGUUCCGGUCUGCUUCAACAAGUCCUGCUGGACCAUUGUUGCGAUGUUGAGUAUCCUGAAGGCUGGUGGUGCUUGUGUGCCUUUGGAUCCAUCUCACCCGCCGGCUCGACUGCAGGAAGUCAUCUCCCGCUGUGAAGCAAAGCUUAUUCUCGCUGCUCCCCAAUUUGUUCAGCGACUCAUCGACAUGGCCUCAGAAGUCAUUGCUGUCACCGACUCAUUAAUGCAAAGCCUGCCCGAGCAGCUGAGCCUGGAGUUCGACGGAGCCCAGCCUGAAAAUGCUGCAUUCGUGCCCUUUACUUCUGGAAGUACAGGCCUGCCCAAGGGUAUUAUUCUUGACCACAUGGGCCUAUGUACCAUGUUCCUCGCAAACGCUUCGGUGGUGGGAAUUGGCCCGAACACUCGCACCUUCCAAUAUGCCGCCUAUACUUUCGAUGUCAGCAUCGCAGAGACUUAUAUCACCUUGACUCACGGUGGUUGUGUUUGCGUGCCCACUGAUGCCGAGAGGAUGAACGAUAUCCCGGGGGCCAUCACUCGCAUGGAAGCAAAUUGGACCUUCUUGACUCCAUCGGUCGCCUCCUUGCUCAAGCCCAGCGACGUCCCCACACUGAAAACUUUGACCCUAGGAGGAGAGGCAAUUUCUCGGGACCUCCACAGUACCUGGGCCGACAAGGUCCGUCUUAUCAACAGUUACGGUCCUGCCGAGUGCUCGAUCUGGACCAGCAACCAACAGCUGUUCCCGGAAAGCUCUUGUGCUGAUAUCGGUGCGGGUAUCACCUGCUACCUCUGGAUCACUGAACCCGAUAACCACGACCGCUUGGUUCCUAUCGGAUGCGUCGGAGAGCUUGUUGUGCAGGGGCCGAACCUGGCGAGAGGCUAUCUCAAGGAUGAGGAGAAGACCGCAGCCGCCUAUAUUGACACACCAGCAUGGCUGCGCAACGAUACUCGACCCGCCGCUAAGCGUGUCUACAAGACUGGUGACUUGGUGAGACAUUGCCCCGACGGCCGGCUCGAGUUCGUGGGACGCAAGGAUACUCAGAUCAAGUUCCAUGGUCAAAGAAUUGAGAUUGGCGAAGUCGAAUAUCAACUUCGCGCCAGACUUCCUGAGAAUACCCAGGUUGCUGUGGAGAUGAUCAAGCCUCUUAGCCAAGGCAGCAGACAGAUUCUCGCCGGUUUCAUCGUGGUCGAAGGUACUGAGAAGGUUUCCCUUAAUGGUUCUUCAGAUGACCCGGCCUCGUUCUUGAAAGACCCAGAUACUGAAUUCAAGAACAUGGUACGCCAUCUCGAGCAGUCGCUCACGGAGACCCUGCCAGCAUACAUGAUCCCAUCUGUCUUCAUUGACAUGAUCAAAAUCCCCCGCAACACCUCCAUGAAGAUUGAUAGAAAGGCGCUUCGCAAUCUGGGAGCCAAUCUUUCCCUUGAACAGAUCGCUACAUACUCAUUCACCCAGGGCGAGAAGCGGGCUCCAGAGACCGCGAUGGAGAAGCGCCUGCAGGAGCUCUGGGCCUCUGUUCUGAAGAUCAGUCCCGAGUCAGUUGGUGCUGAUGACAGCUUUUUCCGUAUUGGCGGUGACUCAAUCGGUGCCAUGCAGUUGGUGUCUGCAGCUCGCAAGGCUGGUCUUUCCAUCACCGUUGGAGAUAUUUUCCAGCACCAGAAGCUAUGCGAGAUGGCCAAUGUUGUCACCGUCUCUGAUGCAUCUGCCCCGACUCAGGUCGAGCCCUUCUCACUGCUCCCUAAAGUGGAGGAGGACCUUAUUGGUCUUGCAGCUUCCAAGGUGUCCAUUCAACGCAAUCUCCUACAGGAUGUCUACCCUUGCACUCCGCUUCAAGAGGGCCUCAUGUCUCUUACUGCCAGAGACCAUGGACUAUACACUUUGCAAGCGGUGUACCGUCUUCCUAGCUCGAUCAACAUUCAAGAGUUCCAGUUUGCCUGGAUGGCCGUUGCCGAAGAACUGGAUAUCUUGCGUACCAGACUCGUCGACCUCGGCCGUCUGGGUUCAUACCAGGUUGUCCUGAGCCCUGCUAUCAGUCAACUUCGCUGGACUUACAGCGACAAUCUGACGGCUUACCUGCGCCAAGACAAAGAAAUCCCCGUCACGUAUGGCACAGCUCUCGCCAGAUAUGCCAUUAUCCAAGAGCAGGACCAGAACUACUUUGUGUGGACUGCCCACCAUGCGAUCUACGAUGGUUGGUCCCUCGGCCUGAUGAUGGAUCUUGUUGAACAGAAGUAUCUGAGAAAGUCGACAACCCCCAGCCCACCCUUUAACAAAUUCAUCCACUGGCUCACCAAGCUCGACAAGUCUGCUACUCGGCAGUACUGGAAGUCGACCUUUGACUCUUGCUCCGCACCCCAGUUCCCCUCGGUGCCCAAGAAUUACCGAACCAAGGCUAAGAGCGUCAUGACACACACCAUCACUCUACCACAGCUGGCUGACUCGGAUAUCACGGUGCCUACAAUUCUUCGGACUGCGUGGGCUCUCAACAUAUCUCAAUAUACUCGUUCCGACGAUGUGGUUUUCGGCAUGACCCAGACGGGUCGCAAUGCUCCUAUCGCCGGGACCACUGAGAUUGUCGCCCCUCUCAUCACCACCGUGCCCGUCCGAGUCGUGUUUGACCGAUCGCAAACGGUCAAGGACCUUUUGCAGGACGUCCAAAAGCAGAUGGUUGCGAUGAUUCCCCACGAGCAUGUUGGUCUUCAGAACAUCGCCAAAUUCAGCCCGGAGUGUCAGGCCGCAUGCAAGUUUGAGAACCUCAUUCUCAUCCAGACUCAGCAAGAUCAAAUGGUCUCACCCAUUGGUCUAGAGCGCAUUCCCGUCACCGACCUCGACAUUCCAGCUUUCGGCAUCGUGGCUGAAUGCGAAGUUUCUGACGGGCAAGUCCUGGUGUCAGUUGGAUACGACUCCAACGUUGUCACUGAGAAGCAGAUGUCCAACAUCCUGAACCAAUUUGACUUCCUUGUGAACCAGAUCGGUGGCGAAGACGCCAGCAGCAAGCCACUGAAGGAGGUGCAGCUUCUGGGUGAGAAUGACAUCCAGAUGCUAGAGGAGCUGAACCAAUCGCCUGACGAUCGUGUUUACCGAUUGGCUCAUGAGCUGAUCAAUGAGCGCGCUCGCCUGCAGCCAGAAGCGAUUGCCAUUGAUUCCCAGGAGGCCCAGAUCAGCUAUGGCGAGCUGGACGAUCUCUCCACACGCCUGGCUUACUUCCUGACCGGACUUGGCGCUGGGCCUGACAAAAUUAUUCCACUGUUCUUCCGCCGAUCUCCUUGGGCGAUGGUGGCCAUGCUUGCCGUAAUGAAGAGUGGCAGUGCCUUUGUAUUCCUUGACCCAGGACACCCAGUCGACCGACUCGAGUUCGUUCUCCAGCAAAUUGACGCCAGGUUGAUCCUGACAUCCCCUGACCUGGAACCCACCUGGAGAGGCAAGCUCGCAGUCUUCUGCGUAACACCUGCCUCACUUGAUACCCUCCCUGCCCAUAGCGAACCCCCUGUGACUACAGUGACCCCAGACAACAUCAUCUACUGUAUUUUCACAUCGGGCAGUACCGGCAGACCCAAAGGAUGUGUGAUCGAACACUCCAACUUCCUCAGUGGUGCCGUUCACCACGCGCGCAGGUCCCGCAUCUCACAAUCUACACGCAUUAUGCAAAUCGCUCCGUACACCUUCGACGUUAGCAUUCUAGAAAUGCUGACCGGACUGAUUGGUGGCGGCUGCAUUUGCCUUCCCCGAGACACUCACCAGGGUGCUCAGGUCUCUGACAUUAUCAAUGAUCUGAACAUCAACUGGACUUUCAUGACUCCCUCUGUUGCCCGCACUAUCGCCCCCUCGGAUGUGCCGAGCUUGCGGACCCUGAUUCUCGGUGGUGAAGCAUUGGCCAAGGUGGACAUUCAGACCUGGGCCGGAAAGCUGCAUCUGAUCAACGGCUAUGGGCCUAGUGAAUGCUCUGUCGCGGUGGCUGCCAAUGAAGUGAGCGAUCCCACGGUGGAUCCAGCCAACAUCGGUUCUAAGAUGGGUUGCAAUAUCUGGGUCGUCGAUGGCGAAGACCAUGACAUUCUCUUGCCCAUGGGCGCAGUCGGCGAGCUUCUGGUCGAAGGUGCCAUUGUCGGGCGGGGCUACCUCCACGAACCCGAAAAGACCGCCGCAGCUUUCAUUGAAAACCCUCGUUGGGUGCAGCUCUUACCCAGCACACAGGCGUCGACGACUCCUCGCCGGUUCUACAAGACAGGAGAUCUCGUCCGCCUCAACGAGGACGGCACGAUUCAUUUCAUCGGCCGCAAGGACACCCAAUUCAAGCUCCGUGGUCUGCGCAUUGAGAUGGGAGAGAUUGAGCACCAUGCCGGUACAUUCCCAAGCAUCAAACAUGCCGUCGUGGCGGUACCACGCGCCGGUCGCAUGAAGGAGAGCAUUGUCGUGGUGUACACAUUGAACGACCACGACGACUCGAAAGAAACCGCCGACUUGCGCCCUCUGUCUCCAGCUGAUCUAGACUCCAGCUUGAUGUCUCUUGGUCAGCUCAAGCAUCACUUGGCUACCCAUCUUCCCCCUUACAUGGUCCCCCAGACCUUCAUCGGUGUUGGCACUCUACCUCUACUCGCCUCGGGCAAGAUCGACCGCCCCAAGCUUCAAAAGUGGCUCGAGAACAUGGAUGAUUCGACCAAUGAACUCAUCGCCGCCCAAACCGGCACGACCGCAAGCCACGAAGCGGCUCUCAUUGACGCGGCCGACACACUCGCUCUGACCCUGAGUGAAUCUGUCAGCCACCUAUUGGCGGGAGAUGACGAGGUCUACCUCGAAUCGCUGCAGGGCCGCAACAUCAUUUUGUCGCAGAGCGGAUUGAACUCCAUCACCGUGGUUUCGCUGCGGGCGAUGAUCCGGGACAAAUUCGACGUUAACUUGUCCCUUGAUCGCUUGAUGGACAGCACCGUCACUAUUCAGGAUCUGGCACGCAUGAUCGAGCAAGGCGACAAUGCCGCCGAUGAGCAAGCGAUCGAUCUACUCGCCGAGGCCGAGGCCAUGAUGGAAUCCCUGAUGUCCGAGGCCUCGGACGUGGAAACCCUACCUCAGCCCACCGGCCGCGCUGGGCGUGUUCUUCUCACCGGCGCCACGGGUUUCCUGGGCAGCGAGAUUCUCCGUCAGCUCUUGGUCAACCCAGAAAUCCGCACUGUGGUGGCCAUCGUCCGUGCCCGUGACGAGCAGCAUGCCAUGGAGAAGAUUGUUGCGUCGGCCAGUGCCGCGCAGUGGUGGCAGGAGGAGUACCGCCAGCGAGUGCGCGUCUGGGUUGGAGAUCUCGCCGCGCCUCUUCUCGGGCUGAGCGCUGCGCAAUGGGCUGCCAUCGAGGGACGCAGCACCGACGUCGAUUCCCACAUCGAUACUAUCAUCCACAACGGUGCCAUGGUCCACUGGGGAGCAGACUACCACCGCCUACGCGGUGUCAAUGUUUCCAGUGUGGUCUCCCUGUUGGCCGCCUUGACACGCUCGCCUGCCCCUCCCAGGUUCACCUUCGUGUCCGGCGGUCACGUGCCCCUGGACGAGAACAUCACCGACGAGAUGUUGGCCGCCGAGUUGGCCCACUCGACCGGAUAUGGACAGUCCAAGUUCGUUGCCGACCUCGUGGUGAAGCGCUUUGCCCAGAAGUAUUCGACCACGGCGGCAUCGAUCGUGAAGCCGGGUCUCAUCGUGGGCACAGCCCAGUCCGGCGUGUCCAAUACCGACGACUUCCUGUGGCGUGUCGUGGCCACUGCCGUGGAGACCGGUGGCUUCAAUGCCCAAGAGCCGGAGAACGUCAUCCUCCUGGCGGGUGCCCAGCAAGUGGCAUCCAUCGUGAUCGGAAACCAACUCCUCAGCAAAGAACCGCGCCGCAUCGAGGACAAGGUUCGUCUGGCUGUGACAACGCGAGAGCUCUGGCAAAUGCUUGCCGAUGAAUUCGGAUACGCCCUGCAACCGAUGGGUCCUACCGAGUGGCUCGAGUCCAUGAAGGCGGCGGUGCACGCCCAGGGCGAAUCUCACCGUCUUUGGCCGGUUUUGCACUUCCUCGAAGCCGGCGGUGGCUACAUGGGCCAGCCCGUCACGGCCGGUCAGCCCCACGGCGCCGAGCCAAGCCCCCAAAAGGAUGAACUGCUGGCUUCGCUGCGCAAGAGUAUCUCCUACAUGCGCCAGAUUGGUUAUUUCCCGAGUGAUGAGGCUGCGGUCCCACAGAAGGUGGUGUUUGGCCGCACCAAGGCGUGAUCAGAUUGCUUAUUAUAAGACUCCUCAAUUUGUGUGUAUUCCGUCUGAAGUUUCUUGUUUGCUUUUGAGCCGGCGUUGGAUGAUAUUUGUCAUGUGAUUUGUAUACGAAGAUUAGACUUUGUACUCUGUUUCUGAAGUUAUACCAGCGAAUUCAUAUUCAAUCCUGUC